CUACGUAUCAUUGGGGGCCUUGUUGAUGAACCAACACAUUUUCAGAUCAACAUUACUGGCGGGAAUUUCACGCAGAUUGCCGUCAAUUUUGGUGAUGGCAGCAAUGAACUGUUGCUCACACAACCUAGUUGUUGAUCAGAUUGUGCUUUUCAAUCAUACCUAUAGGGAGAUGGAAAGUUUCAAUGUGACAGUCAAUGUGUCAACCAGUCAGUCUUGUAUUAUUGUUACUGAAGUGUUCAAUCCGAUUUUGUCUGUGACCUUGAAAGCAAGGUCACCGAAAAUCUUGAAGACGCCCAGUCAAGCUGUUGUCAUGGCAAGUGUUGAAGGCGGUCCGGAUGAUGUCGGCUUCGUUUGGAACUUCUCUGAUCUAAUUGGAGACACCAUAGUGAAACACUACCUGAAUCAAACCAGCGUAGCUAGGCACCCCUACAGCAUGUCUGGAGACUACAGCGUCACCCUGAACGUUACUGGGAAACACUACCCUCCUCCGGGAAUCUAUCGGGCGCUCGACUGGAAGUUCCUGGUCGUCGAUGCCAUUGAUCUACUUAAACUGUACUCUGACCUUAACGCCUCUGCACUAGUUGGAAAUUCCUCGACUCCUGUGACACUAGAGGCCAAGUCUUCGGGUUCUCAUGUACGCUAUGUAUUUGAUUAUGGAGACGGACACACUAAGGAAGUGGCGGGUGAACAAGCCUCCCACAUGAACGUUGGGGUGACUAUGUUUGCAAAGGCCACACAUGUCUACUCUGCAGUUGGAGAGUACACAGUCUCUGUGACUGCCUAUAAUCCCCUUGGCAACCGUACUGCUGAGCUGUCAAGGUCGUUCUGGGUUCAAAGGCCGCCUGUUGACCUUCACAUCUGUAACCUUGACGACACCAGGAACAGCAGGUACAUUGGGAAGGUUGGAGAGACUAUUAGAAUGUGCGCAAAUGUUACGUCUGGAACCAAUGUGACUUUUGACUGGAAACUGGGUGAUCAGUCAGAUAUUGUGAAAGCCGGUUCUGUUAUCACUCAUCAGUACAUGUCACCUGGCAUGUAUACAGUGUACGUUACAGCGAAAAACCAUGUGAAAUCUCUUGUUAAGUCCAUAGAGGUUAACAUCAACUAUGCAAUACAAGGAAUUUCUCUGCUGGUUGCCAGCCAGACGGUUGCCUUGGGUGACGAAGUAUUGUACAGAGUCCGAGCGGAGCCAGAGUACUCAGGUAUCGUCACAACGUAUCGCUGGAACUUCAAGGAGCCACGACCCACCCGAGGUGUCCGUCCUUUCUUCCCUACCACUUUGGAACCGGAGGCUAGAUAUUCCUUUCAGACGUUUGGAAGAGGUGCAGUUAGUAUCACCGCAUUGAAUGCCAUAAGCAAUGCAACAACAUCAAUCGAUAUUCACGUUGUGGCGAAAAUCACGUUGCUGGAAAUCCGUUUCAUCAGCAACGUUACCGAGCGCCAAUCAAAUCGACCAAUUAGAUUUGGCCACUGGGCCUAUGGAACAGAUAUGAAUAUUACAUGGCAUUUUGGUGAUGGUUGGAGCCCUGCUGUGACUAACUUAAGUGAGAUUGAGUACACGUUCGCAAGGGAAGGAGUAUACAAUGUCACAGUGGUGGCCCAAAAUCCAGUAAGCUCUAUGACCGUGUCCAAAUUGCUGUUUAUUCUGAACAGAUCCUAUUGUGAUGCACCCAGAAUUAGCAUCAUCAAUAAAGCAGAUAUGAAGAGGCUGUAUUCCCAGCCAUUUAUAAUAGAAGCAGAAGUCCAGCCAAACUGUAACCUCAGCUCCAGCAUGACAUAUGAGUGGAAAGUGGACGGUCAUCUUGUAGGAAGUACCAGUAGAGUUCUGGUGCUGCCAUCUGGUGGCUUAACCAAGGGGAGUCACUCUGUCAUUUUCAAGGUAUCAAUGGCAGGAACAAUUGUGUUUGCAAUCGAGACUACACGAGUUGAGAUAUCCCACUCUCCACUAGUUGCCCGCAUAAAAGGCGGGAUAUUCCAGACCAUUCACCAUGGCCACAAUAUCAUAGUGGAUGGAUCAACGUCAUUUGACCCAGAUGAUGCAGCGAGUCAAGAUAUCAGGUAUCAGUGGGAAUGCCUCUACGUCUCCAACAACGGCAAAUAUGGCUCAAAAUGUUACCAUAGCAACAACAACUCAUGCCAGUUGGCCACUAACUCCUCGGUGCUGAAUGUUCCAAGUGGUUGCUUGGUUACAGCCAGAAACUACACCAUGCAGCUCAAUGUGUACAAAGAUGGCCGACAAAAUGGGACGGCGUUCCAAACAAUAACGGUUGUCAGGGAGACAGAGAGGUUUCUUGAUGUCCGAAUAUCCCGGCCUGCCAAGUUUGUUGAGCCAGUGAACCCCAACAGGAAGGUGUCUUUCUUUGUGGAGUGUACAAACUGCCCACAUAGUGGCCUGCGCUAUGAAUGGUACCUUAAACACGUGGCAGAGUUCAACGUGCAUAACGUUGCUAGGGCUCACGACCAAGAGUGCGUUGACAAGAAUGGCGAGAUAUACUCGUUGAUUCAAAAAGAGGCUGAUGAAGAAGUUGAGGAGAAGCUGCGAACACAGAAGGAGAAACUACAACCCAAACCAAGUGGUACUGGGGACUCAGGGUUGAACAAAGUGGCCGACCAGUCAACGCAUUUCCCGCUAACCUUCGGUCAAAUCAAGGUGGAGGAGGCCAGUGCCGACAUGGUUGCCAACCGACGCCGACGGUCUUCCACUACUGAGAAACCCCUGGGCACAUUCCUCAACCUAAAGGAAGAGAAGAGUGCCACCAUAGCUAGGGGUCAGCCCAGGGACAUUCCAAUAAUUGGAGAGAAAAAGGAUGGUGUAAUGUCCAGAGGUCUGCCUAUUAGUCAGAUAGAGUUUGAUGGGGAGGGGAUGCCUGGGGAGAGUGGCAGUGCAGGAGGCAGGAAUUACCCCAAAGUGAUUGUUGAGGAGCAGCCAGGUGGAGACAGGGGAUCAGGUACGGGCCUGCCCCCAGAUAACAAAGGGGACAAGGUCGCAGAAGCUGAUGAUGGCUUGGACAAACUGAUAAGGGCCAGUGGGGAUCCGGGUCGACCCCGUACCCUCCUUGACCGACCACUGACCCAGGAACUCCCUCUGCCAGCAGAGAGAACCCGGACUGGUCUCCAUAGUGAAUCACUAGUGAUCAAACCAGGGGUGCUCAGGCAGAGUUUAACGUACCUUGUGGGUGUGAGAGUCUACCAUGACGAAACAGGAUUACAAGGUGAGGCCAUUAGCAGCUUUGAUGUCAACGCAAGUCCAGUGAAUGGCAAAUGUACGGUAAAACCUGAAAAUGGAACAGCCAUGGAGACGGAAUUCACAGUGAAUUGCCACUCAUGGGAAGAUGAGCAUGAGCCCCUUCUGUACGAAGUGAGCUACACAGUUGACCAAUCAGCAGAGAGGACCCUUAUCUACCGUGGAGUGAACCGGGAAACCACCUUCCGACUUCCAGCAGGACGGGACGACCAAAGUAAUGUUCAUGUGCACAUUGCCAUCUUGGAUGUCCUUCUUGCGAGGACCUCUGUCUGCGUUACCAAGGUCAAGGUCACGCUUGGGUCAUCUGCCUCCCAGGCCAGGGUUCUCUCUCAGCCUGAGGUGAAUCUGUUCUCUGGAUUCUUGAAGGAGGUGAAAAUCAUAAAUGAUGAGAUUGCCUCCCCUGACGGUGCUCUUCAGAAGUCAUUCAGCCAUGGAGAUGAUGCCAUUACCAAGGCCUACAUUGGUUACCUGGCAACCAGACUCAACGACCUGCCAGAGUAUGGGUCAGAAAACACAGCAACUAGUGAAGAACAACUGCAAAACCAGCAUAUGGGCCAUUCAGAUUCAAGGAGCAACUUUGACAAUGCCCGCUCUGGGCAUGCAUGGGAAGAAGUUUCAAAGGUUGCCAGUGACAACCAUAGCAUCAUUGUUGGCAGUGCACAAAGGGCAAGCAGGGUCAAGGAAGCCACAGACAUGAUUCAAGAAGCUCGUACAGCCCUUCUGAACAUUCUGGAAAAAAUGCCUGUUCGAGACGAGGCAGAGGUUUUGCAGGCAGCCCAGGCAUUGGCCGUUGUCACCCACAUACCGGAACAGUUAAGUCUCGAUGCUCUGGAUAAAAGUUUACGAGUGCUGCGAAAGAUCACGUCAACAGCCCGCUCCGUCUACGAUGACUUGGUGCCAUCCGGCGAGCUUGUGGCGCUGGUGGUGGGCGCGGUGUCGAGUGUUGUCACGGCAACCAACCUGCGGCACACUACGUCAAGUGAGCAGAUGUUGGCAGUGUACCGAAGGAUGAUGUAUGAUGCACUGGCCUUGGCGGAGGAUAUAGUACAGACAGAAAUGCGGUAUCAGGUUACCUCGGAGGAGCCCAUCUUGUCAGUUGCCCAGGACUACGCCAUCAUGGCCGCCCAGCAUUCCACAGCGUCGUCUGCCAACGGAACACUUUCUUUGGGACAGACCACCUUUCACCUUCCUCCUGACCUUAAAUAUGUCACAGAAAGAAGUUCGGAAGAGAGCAGUUCUACGGAAAAUAGUCCCAGCCAGAGGUUAAAGGGUCAGAUGGAGUCAACCAACGGAAGAUGUUUUCGAAGUCAUAUGACCAGCUUUGAGAGCAAUCCAUUUCAUGCUGGAGAUGAAAUUCAGAUUCAGACAGUAGUUAGCGGACUGGAGCUGUUCACAUGCAACGGGGAACCGAUAUCAGUAAAGGACCUGGAACCAGACAAUCACAUACAAGUGGAGCUGCCUAUUCUUAAAUCCCAAGUGAUCGACUUUCAGGAAAUUGUUCUGAAAAAAUGGGAGAUGAAUAUCCAUCAGUUCAACAUCAGUUUAUCCCAUGUUCAACAUGCUCUUCACCUGGUCUUCCACCUGAAACCCUGGCAACAAGGGAGACCAUUCCAGAUAUCUUUACUCAUCAGUUACUUGCAGCCUCCAUUACCUAGCAGCCACAAGUUCAAAUAUGACCUUGACAUUGAUCAAACUGUCCUUGACCUUUUCCUGCCUGCCGGAACAUUUAAUGAGACUGGCAUGUAUUACAUUGGCAUUGUUGACUCGGCAUUCAACGCAGGACGAAUACGUCCAGGGGAGGUCACUCACUACAACUACACGUUACAAUUGUGGUGGGGCCAGUGCCUGUAUUGGCAUGUUGCCAAGGAGACGUGGCUGCCUGACGGCUGUUCCAUUACUCCCAUGUCAACAAUUGCUGUGACCAGAUGCAGCUGUAACCACUUGACUGCAUAUGGUGGAACAGUUGAACUCAUACCAAAUAAAUUGUCAUUUGCAGACAUAGAGGGAUUCUUUAGACCCAACGAGAACCCAGUGACAUUAAGCCUGCUGUGCGUGGUGAUCACCGUAUACUGCAUCCUUCUAAACUACUGUCGUCAGGCGGAUCGCCAUGACAACCAGAAGGGGGGCAUCGUGUAUCUGCUUGACAACACGCCAAUGGACCAACAGAAGUAUGAGAUCACCAUGGAAACAGGCUGCUGGAGACAUGCUGGAACCACUUCAAAGAUAAGUCUUAUUCUGCAUGGAGAGGAAGGCAUGUCUGAAACAAGGGAGCUAAUCAGCGAGGAUGAUCGUCCCAUGUUCGAGAGAAACUCACGAGACAAGUUCAUACUUACACAGUAUUGGCAAGAUUUGGAAGUACAGAUUUGGCAUAACAACUUUGGUCCUUCACCCAGCUGGUACCUCUCCAGGGUGAUUGUCCGUGACUUGAAUACCGGCAACCUGUACUUGUUCCUGUGUGAGAAAUGGCUGGCGGUAGAGGAACAGGACGGCAAGGUGGAGAGGGAAUUCAUGGCACUCGAUGGUACUCUAGACUUCAAUAAGGCGUACAUGACAAAAGUGGUGGAGUAUAUGGCAGACUUCCACAUCUGGUUGUCAUUGGUUACGUGCCCGCCCUACAGUGGUUUCAUGCGGUGUGAACGGCUCACAGUGUGCCUCACCAUGCUGCUCGCCUACAUGUGCCUGAAUGCCAUGUGGUACCGGUCCACUGUCACUGAGCACCAUGGAGAGUUUGGGCUGCUGGCGUAUCCUGGCAGAAGUGUGACAGUGGGCGCCAUCUGCUGCGCGGUGGUAAUCCCCCUCGGUCGCAUGCUCGAGUUUCUCUUCAGGCGCAGCAAGGUGAAAUCCCAAGCAUGCCUCCAACGUUCCCGCGCCAAAGACGCUGUGACCGACUGGGAACCAGACUACCCAAGUGGGAAACCGAAUGAGGCUGAGAGCGAGGCUUCCUCAGAGCAGGUGCUUCCAGUUAUGACGUACUCGCUGUUCGACCAGUCCAUCCUCAACUGGCCCAACAUACAGACCUGGGCACAGAAACAGCUCACCUGA